CGAAAAUUCAUAAAAAUUCAAUUUUUGUAAAAGAAAAGAAAUAGUGAAUUUCUCACUGUUUCCCGAGGGACUGCUUUGAAUCUCUCCGCAUGCUCGUCUGCAACCCUAAUUUCUUGGGUUUUCUGGUAAGGUUUAGGUGCAUCGAGAGUGGACUGUUUGAUCUUCGUCGACUGAUGGUAUGAUUUCAGGAUCUGAGCGAAGAAUUGAGCUUACUAUGUCGGGUAGAGAAUCGUAUGGCCUGUCGGGUAGAGAAUCGUAUGGCCUCGAGAAUAAUCAGAGCGCGACGGCAACUUUGGCAAACAGCAUGAGGUUAGCCUUCAAUUCAGACGGUACAGCAGUUUACAAGACACCCGAGGCCUUUCAAGCUGCUACUGCCACCGCCGGCACAACCGUUGAUGUCCCUGCCGUCACGCUCAUACAGGAAGGAAGCGGCAAGCGUAAGCGUGGACGCCCAAGAAAGUAUGCCCCCGAUGGUAGUUUGACGCAGCGCUCCCAGCCGGUCUCAUCUCCCCCGUCCGCCGAAAUCUCUCCAAAAAAGGGCAGAGGCAGGCCUCCUGGGUCUGGCAGGAAACUCCAUAUGGCUGCCUCCAUGGGAUCUACAGGAAUUGGAUUUACACCACAUGUUAUGAUAGUGAAAGCUGGAGAGGAUGUCUUAUCAAAAAUCAUGUCGUUUUCGCAACAUGGUUCGCGGGCUGUUUGCGUCUUGUCAGCGAAUGGUGCAAUAUCCAAUGUCACUCUUCGUCAGUCCGCCACAUCUGGAGGAACUGUUACUGUCGAGGGGCGAUUCGAGAUCUUGUCUUUGUCUGGCUCAUUUCUCCUGUCAGAGAGUGCUGGUCAACGCAGCAGAACUGGUGGUUUGAGUGUGUUAUUAUCUGGGCCAAAUGGUAAUGUUUUGGGUGGUGGAGUGGCAGGGCUUUUAACUGCAGCUUCCCUUGUUCAGGUUGUCCUUGGCAGUUUCAAUGCAGAGAGGCAGAAAGAAGCAAAGAUGGGAAAUAGUUCUGACCCUAUGUCAGCUCCAGCAAGGCUUGUCCAAGGACCAUCUGCAACUUUCAGCCCACCAUUGCAUGGAACUUUCAAUGAAUCAUCUGGAGGGCUUGGGAGCCCUCUUAAUACUGGUGCCUGCAACAACAGCGAUCCUCAAGGCUUGACAAAUAUAAAUUGGAAAUAGAGCUAUGAAAGGGUUGCGCUUGCAUGCAUAAGCAUGCUCUUCGCAUGAGCUUCAAUCCUGGCUUGCUUAAUUAAUGUAAUUUAUGAGUUUUGCAAAAAAGUGAUUAGAGAGAGUUCCCAUUGGGUUGGCCAACAGUUUGCAGAUAGAUUAAGUUAGGUUAUGUUCUAGGUUUUUCUUUUCUUUUCUUUUUUCUUUUUUUUUCCUCUUUUGUUGGGGUUGUUUUAGUGAGAUUUUGAGACAUUGCUUUCAUUUCUGUUCUCUUAUGGCACUAAAUAUAUUUCGUUUUUCCCCUUUGGGAUGUGUAUCCAGUGCUCAUGGAUAGCUGCCACAGGCAUACGUUGCGU